GACUUUGCCCCUGGAACGUUUCUUCCUACUGUAAAUAAAAUGAAACUGAACUUCGAGUAACAUUGAACGGACCGAAGAUAACGUCGCUUCUGACCGUAUGAGUCACAGAUUUAGAUUGCGACCCUAUGGGCAAUGCGUCCAGUGCACACGUCCUGCAGCGCAGCUUGCCUUUCGCUUUCUGAAAAUGGCCUUUAAUCAGCAGACACCCUUUUAUAACCCAAGAAUCCCCUUCACUGGAUCCAUCAAUGGCGGAGUGCAGGAGGGAAUGUCCAUCACCAUCAGCGGGAGGGUCCUGCAUGGAGUCGAUAGGUUCCACGUGAACUUGCAGUGUGGUUCCAGCCCCAAUACAGACAUCGCUCUCCACGUGAACCCCCGGUAUGACAGCCACCCCAGUUACGUGGUCACAAACACCUUCCAGCACGGCCGCUGGGGAGCUGAGGAGCGGAGGUCCAACUCUCCCUUCCACGUCGGCUCCCCCUUCACCCUGGUCAUCGUCGUCGCGCGCAACGCCUACCAGCUGACUGUGAAUGGGAGCUUCCUCAUGGAGUAUGCACACCGCCUUCCAUUGAACCGUGUGGACACUAUCUCAGUAGCUGGGAAAGUGGAAAUCUCCUCCAUCGCCUUCCAGACGCCUAUGUUCCCUGCGCAGCCAGGAUUUCCUGCGCAGCCUGGAUUUGUACCACAGGUUUUUCCCAACCAGUCGGCCUUCCCUCCCUUUCCUGGAUGUCAGCCUCAGCCUGGCUUCCCCCACCAGCCAGGAUUUCCUCCCGUGGUCCCAUACAAGAACUUCAUCAGUGGUGGACUCCAGCCUGGGAGGACCAUCACUGUUCAGGGAACUGUUCACCCCAGCGCCACAAGGUUCCACGUGAAUCUCGGCUACCAGGGCGGCAUCGCCCUGCACUACAACCCGCGCUUCAACGAGAACACCGUGGUGCGGAACACCAAGCACGGCGAGCACUGGGGCAGCGAGGAGCGCGGCGGCGGGAUGCCCUUCCGCCGCGGGCAGCCCUUCACGCUGACCAUCUGCUGCGAGAAGAACAUGUUCAGGAUGGUGGUGAACGGCAUGCAGAACCACACCUACCACCACCGCAUCAACCACCUCGCACACAUCACCACCCUGGAGAUCGACGGCGACGUCUCCCUGACGUCCGUGAUGGUGUGACGGAUGCCCGCGGAGCCACCAGUUAUAGCAUGAACGCGCUGGAUUCCACUGUGGUAUCUGGAUUAAAGCCAAUGGCCUCCUGUAUUUCAACAUGUAACCUCACAAUACUUGUUCCUAAACACAUAUUCUUAAAGGGAAAAAGCACCAAAGAUUUAAGAAGUCUGAUUGAAUUUAGUUGUGUGGAGUCUGUUGGUAGUGAAAAGUAACUGAGAUACAGGACAUAGAAGAAAGUAGUAACAAAAGUGUAGUAAAAAUAAACCAGCUGGUGUAUUUGCUCUUAGGAUGUGCAAUCAUUCUUUGCUGAAGGUGGAGCUGUGCAGAUGUUUUCUUUUAUACACCGAGAUAAAACAAACCUGACUUUUGAACGGUUAAGGGCAACAAUAGCAACAAACUACACAAAAAAAGGCAUACAUUAAUCGUACCUCAGAAGGAGGAGCGUAAGACAGAGUAGUCUUAAUUCUCAUGUCUUUCUGUGAUGCAUUUUCUCUAUGACUGCACGAAUAAAACCUUUUCUCUAUGUAUAUCAUUA